GUUACCAUCCCAGUGUAUAAACGACACUAUUGCACACACUCUUACCUUAUCUUCUCUUCUUAGUUCUCACUCCCACUGAGAGCUGUGUAAGAAGGAACAACAAUGGCGGACCAGAAGAAUGCGGAUGAAAAACCUCGAAAUGAGCCCGACCCAGAUGAUGAAUUCCCAGAGGAAGGUUUCUCAGACGAAGAAAGGGAUUACCCAGAUGGAGAAGAAGCCGACUCAGACUCCGAUUCUGAGUACGACGAAGAACCCUUAACGUACACCCGACCCGGAGAACCAGAAGAGGAAGAAGACAACGACCCCGAAAACAAUAUCAAGAAGUUUACCAAGGUUCUCAAUUCCAAGAGUCUUCAAAGAGAGCGAGAAGAGGAAGAUAGGUUGGUUGAGUACCCGGAUGACCUUUUUGAUUUUCCGCGGGAUAAGGAGAAUUGGACUGAAGAAGACUUGAAGGAGCUUUGGGCUGAUGCUCCGGUUCAAAUGACUGACCCAGGUUGGGACCCGGAUUUCGUUGAUGAAGACGACCUUGAUGUUGUUGAAGAUAUGCUGGCUGACGGUGAGGACCCGCCAAUUGCCCCGUUUUAUGUGCCCUACAGGAAGCCUUAUCCGGUUAUUCCUGAUAAUCAUUUUGACAUUUCGAACCCCAAGGCUGUGAUUGAAGAGCUUGAUAGGAUUGAAGAGUUCUUGACUUGGGUUAGCUACAUUUUCCCCGAUGGCAGCUCUUAUGAAGGCACUGUUUGGGAUGACUUGGCUCAUGGCAAGGGUGUGUAUGAAGCUGAGGAUGGGCUGGUCAGAUACGAGGGAGAAUGGCUACAGAACAACAUGGAAGGUCAUGGGGUUGUUGAAGUGGACGUUCCUGGUAUAGAACCUGUGCCUGGGUCCAAGUAUGAAACACUUUAAGCAUAUCACUUGUACAUUUGAGGCAUCAAUCUGGCAUACAUGGUUUUGUUUGCCUUGUAUAUGGUCAUCAAUUGUAUGGUAUGUGUUUCUAGGCUUGAAGCAAAGAUGAGGGCGGAAGGGAAGAUAAUUAAAAUGGAUUACAUGUCACCUGAAGACAGGAAGUGGUUGGAGAUGGAUGUGGAAGAUGCUCUGAACUUAGCUAACGGAGAGUAUGAAAUUCCUUUCUAUGAAAGAGAAGAAUGGGUUCAGCAAUUUGGAAGGAAACCGGAGAAAGGUCGGUACCGAUAUGCUGGUCAGUGGAAGCAUGGGAGAUUUCAUGGAUGUGGUGUAUAUGAAGUUAAUGAACGUACAAUAUAUGGUCGUUUCUAUUUUGGAGAGCUUUUGGAGGAUUCUCAUGGAUGUGAUGCAAAUAUAUCCGCGAUGCAUGCAGGAAUAGCAGAAGUUGCAGCCGCAAAAGCUCGGAUGUUUGUCAAUAAACCUGAUGGAAUGGUUAGAGAAGAGCGUGGUCCGUACAAUGAUCCGCAACAUCCUUAUUUUUAUGAAGAGGAUGAUGUAUGGAUGGCGCCAGGCUUCAUUAACCAGUUUUAUGAAGUUCCUGAUUAUUGGAAAACAUAUGCGCAAGAGGUGGAUGAAGAGAGGGAAAUGUGGUUGAACUCAUUCUAUAAAGCACCAUUGAGAUUGCCUAUGCCUGCUGAACUUGAAUAUUGGUGGGCUAAAGAUGAGAAGCCAGAAUUUGUUCUUGUCAACAAAGAACCAGAGCCUGAUCCUAAGGAUCCAUCAAAGCUCAUAUAUACUGAAGAUCCUCUCAUCUUGCAUACACCAACUGGGAGGAUUAUCAAUUAUGUGGAGGACGAUGAGCAUGGGAUUCGAUUGUUUUGGCAGCCAGCUGUGAAAGAAGGUGAAGAUGUAGAACCAGAAAAGACUGAGUUUCUUCCUCUUGGAUUUGAUGAGUUCUAUGGACGAGAAGUAAUUGUGAAAAAGGAAUCAUUUGUGGAGCGUCUUCUGAAAUCUGUGGACAAUGCGUUCAAACCAGUGCUUGAAAAACUGCAAAAAUGGGCCGAAGAAAAGAAGAAAGUAAGUGAAUCGAAGAUUGAGCUAUUAAACUUGGAACUUGAAUUGAAAGAAGCUGAGUUGUGUCUGAAGGAGGCCAUUGAAGAUAUGGAUGAGCAGUUGAAGAUGAUGCAGAAAGAGGAAGAAAAGAAAGUAGAUCUAGGUAUGCAAGAUGAGGGCGAUAUUUUACCUUCUGAACCAACAGAAGAAGUUCAGAAGACUGAAGCCAGAGAAGAGGAAUAUGAAGAAGAGGAUGGUGGUGAGGAGGAAGUCGAAGAUGAGGAAGAAGAUGCGACGCCAUCCAGUUUUGGUUCUGUUGAAGGUCAAGGGUCAGCAAAUGACCAGAAAAAACGCGGAGCUGGAAGUCCUCCAUUUGCUGCAUCCUCUUUGUCUUUUGGUGCAUCCAGCCUUCUUAAUACAGUUCCUUUCAAGCUGCUUCAGUCUUUUUCCAUCUGGAAGCAUGACAACCUUACGACACAGGCUCCUCGUUUGUCUUCUCCUACGCUGUCAUCUCUUCAGAUGAACCGGCAGGGUCAGGUUCGAACUUCAGUAAGUUUUCCCCCUCUCGCAGGCAACAAAUUAAGCUUGAAAGCUGCUUUUGUAAAGCCUCAGCAAGGCAUGGCGAUCACCAGACGCUCCAGAAACUUUUCAAAAGAGAGAUUCUCAAGUGAAGUGAGAGCAAGUGAAGAACUAGGCUACACCAUAUUGUCCUUGCACACUCCGAUACAGAUACAAAGAUAGUGUAUUUUUUUUCCCCAGUUUAUUGUAAAAUUUUGUAAAACACCAAUUUUGUAGCACCUGAGGCAACAUGUUGGCACUAUUAAUUUCACUUGAGAUAGUGUGUUCCUGCUACGUUGGUCCCCCGGGAAACACAUUUGAAGAUUCUCCAUCACCGAUACUAUAUUGAGUUGAAUUCAUUUUAUCUAUUUACUUUGCAUUUUUC